AUGGCAGAAGCUGGAAAUUGGUGUCUGAUCGAGAGUGACCCUGGCGUCUUCACUGAACUUAUCUCUGGAAUGGGUGUCAAAGGAGUCCAAGUGGAAGAAGUAUGGAGUCUUGAUGAGUCCCUUAUGGAACAAUUAAAACCGGUGUUGGGCUUGAUUUUCUUAUUCAAAUGGCAAGGAGCACAACCAUCACCUGCUACGGAAGGCGAGCAACAUCCAACCGAUCAUAUCUUUUUCGCAAACCAAGUCAUCAACAAUGCAUGUGCUACCCAAGCGAUCCUAUCGAUUUUAUUGAACCGUGAUGAUAUCGAUCUUGGUCAAGAAUUACGUGGUUUUAAGGAAUUCACCGCUGAGUUUCCACCGGAUAUGAAAGGUCUUGCUAUUUCCAACAGUGACUUGAUCCGCUCAGUACACAACAGCUUUGCACGAUCCGAUCCUUUCUUUGAAGAGAUGCAAGAAGCCAAGGGGAACAAGGAUGAGGAUGUUUAUCAUUUCAUUGCCUACUUACCUAUCCACGGUGCAUUAUACGAAUUGGAUGGCUUAAGCCGUGGUCCUGUUCACUUGGGUGCAUGUACCGAGGAUGAUUGGGUACAAAAGGCAAAUGCAGCUAUCAUGAGCCGUAUGGAGCGAUAUGGUGGGAGCGAGCUACAUUUCAGUCUGAUGGCCUUAACAAGGGAUCGAAUUGAAUUACUCCAAGAGCAAAUUGAAGAAACGGAUGGGUUGCUCCUCUCUUUGCCCGACGAUGCUGACAAUGAGCGAGUGAGAUUGAAUGCACAACGAGGUGAUUUAGAGCACAAAUUACAAUUGGAAAAGGAAAAGAGAAAACGAUGGCAUAGAGAGAAUCUAUUGAGGAAGCAUAACUUUAUUCCAAUGAUCCACGACUUGCUUCGGAUGCUCGGUGAACGCAAUGAACUUAAGCCAUUGAUCGAUCGUGCAAAGGAGAAAGCGACUGAACGUGCUGCUCAGAGAUCUCAGAAAGCUCAACAACAAUAA